AUUCUCCUUGCUCUGCCAUAUACUAUAUAUAUAAAUAUAUAUGUACAAGUUAUACAUGAGACUUACCUUUUAGAAUAUUUUUCAAAACUAGAAAGAAAUUAUGAAAAAAUCGCAGGUUCUUACACUAGUAUUGCUUAUGGUUAUGGUGGAGUCAGGCCUGGUCAAAGAGACUAUGGCACACCCAUGUGGUCGAACAUUUCUGUCGGCAUUGAUUCAACUCGUGCCGUGUAUACCAUCAGUGGCGCCGUUUAGCACACUGUCUCCGAACGAGCUAUGUUGCGCUGCCAUCAAGACGCUUGGUCAACCUUGUCUAUGCGUUCUUGCCAAGGGACCACCUAUCGCUGGCGUUGACCGCACUCUAGCUCUCCAUUUACCGGGAAAAUGUUCUGCCAAUUUUCCUCCCUGUGAGAUGUUAAAAUAGAACCACUCCUGCAAUGGAAAAUAUGAGACUGGGUUGCAUUACGAAGCGGAUAUUACGGGAACGAUAGGGUUUGCUCAGUUCAGGGAACUGUGAAUACCUUUAAGAAUAAUAAUAUGCUGCAAACUUUUGAGGUUUUUCAAUGUCAAGUUGCUAUUGUACAUUCUGAUUCCGGUUUCUACGUUGUAUUGGGAAAUUUUGUGGUCCAAUCCAAAUUACUUUCUAAA